AUGUCUAAAUAUGUUUUAAUGGGAGCAAAUGCCAUAAUUCGGCCUCCAAGGUUUGAAUAUGAUAUCAACUCCUUCCCUAAUGAAAUAAAUAUCCCAUAUUAUGGUAAAAUUCCUCGUCGUCCAAUUUCAUUCGAAAAUUCCAAGAAACAAAAAAUUAUCGGUUCAUUCUUUUCUCCACGAGAACAGAUUCCUGAAAUGUCGUGCAUCAUUUAUUUGCAUGGAAAUGCAUCAUCACAGCAUGAAGGUAUGUUUUUAGCACCAAUAUUUAUUCCAUAUGGCGUUGCUGUAUUAACAUUCGAUUUCUCAGGAUGUGGAUUAUCUGACGGCCAAUACAUUUCCCUUGGUUAUUUUGAAAGAGACGAUGUUACAUGCGCAAUUGAUUUUGUUCGCAAGAAUUUUAAUGUUGGUAGAGUUGCUCUUUGGGGAAGAUCAAUGGGAGCUGCUACUACACUAUACGCACUUGCUGAUGAUCCUACAAUUGCAGCUGCAGUUAUUGAUUCACCUUUUGCUUCUUUGCCUGACUUAGUUAAAGAGAUUGCCGCUAAAGUACAUGUACCGGGUUUUAUAGCUUCAAUAGCAAAAUCAUUAAUUGCUAAGAAAAUUAGAGAAUUAGCAAAUUUUGAUAUAUCAAAACUAGUUCCAAUUGAAGCGGCACCUUCUUGCUUUAGUCCUGCAAGAUUUGUUCAUGGCGAACAAGAUGACUUCAUAUCAAAAACUCAUUCAGAAAAAAUUUUCGAAAAAUAUUCUGGAGAAGAUAAAGAAAUAUUCAUAGUUCCAGGAAAGCACAAUAGCCAAAGACCGUUAGAAACACAAUUAUACUGUGUAAUGUUUUUGGCAAGCUAUCUUAACGCUCCAUUAGUCUAUGAGGAUGUAAUUGCUACGUUAUCUGGAGGAGCUUCGUAUCAGCACUUUGAAAACGUUGAAGAAAUGAUGUUUGCAAUGGAUGAUGAAUAG